AUGGCCACUAAAGUUAUAGGUCCGUUAGGCCUAGGGAAAAUGUAUUCCACUUUCUUUGAGGGCUGUCAUGAUGAAACGCGUAAGAUUUUUGAAACCAUGACCGAUAAACAAAAUCUUCCACUAUUCGUGCACUGUACAUACGGAAAAGAUCGUACAGGAUUCGUAGUUGCACUAACAUUAUCACUUCUCGGAAUCUCUGAUGAAGUUAUAAUUGCCGAAUACGUGCAGUCACAUCAAAAUCUUUUAUCUCUCUACCCGAAAAUGAUAAGAGACAUGGGGAGAAUAGGAUUCGGCGAAGAAUUCGCGGUGGUAAAUCCAAAAGCGAUGCGUCAAAUGUUAACUUUUUUGCAUAAACAAUAUGGAACUGCGUCUGAUUACUUAGCUUCGAUUGGAUUCGAAUAUGAAAGACAGCAAAUUGUUAUAAAGAAUCUUUGUGAAUGA